UGGACUCAACAUCUCAAAGUGUCUGAAAAUGGUAAAAGGUGGGAAGCGAUACUCUUCAAUGAGCAAUGAUGGCAAAUGGUUUGCUCAUGCAGUUUUACCUGAAAAUGAGACAAGGAAUCGUGGGACUUGUACAAGCACCGGGAUCAUGCUGACUCAGGUUAAAUCGUCGUUGCCUCAGGCUUUGAACUUUGAACGCUAUCCUAAAUGGAAAACUCAGCAGGAAUCCAGAGAGUAUCCAUUCUCAGACCAUGACAACAAGAAGUCCUUAAAAGACAACAUCUCUGUCUUCACUCAUGGUGUGGGACGCAGGAAAUGUUUCGAUGAUCGCAGACAGCACAACUCCCACUUCUGUCUGUGCCAUGAUGGAGCUGACGGUGGCACUGCAGAGGCUGGGGGGAACUUCACAGCCUACCAGACCGACUUUAUGGUGAAGCGGGCUGUUAAUGUUCCAACCAGCACCAGACGGUUCCCCCGCAACCACAAGCAGAAGUCUGCAGAGGCGGCUUUAGCACAGGCAGAGGAGCAAUUCAUGUGGUUUGGACGACAUGACUCUGACCUCUCAGAGACCCUAAAAGUGCUGGCAGCUACAAACUGCUCAGCACCUUCCAAGCCCUAAGAUCCUCCUACAUUCAAGGCAGUAGAUGACAUUAUUGAGAGGACAUAGUACAGAGAGUCAGGUGAACUUUCUGAAGAGUCCUGUUGUCAAAUAAAGAACUAAAUUUAAAAAAAACAUCAGAUAGCAUUUUGAGAGCUGUAUUCCAGACAGGGGAACCUUACAAACAAGGUCUUAUUCCACAACAACCAUAAUUAGACUGGAAAGUCGACUGUUAACAACCCACUUAAUGUAUAUAAAUAGUGCAUGUUGUUGUACUUAACAUUUGCCACUUGCUAUUUUGAGACAUUAAGUUGCAUUUAAUUUAAAUACACUUUUACACACAUACUCUAUACAAAUUUAACUCUUCUCUAGCUUCCAGUUAGGUUAUGUUAUAAACAUAUUUAAAGGGGCACACCUCUGAUUUGACAUUACACUUUUAUAAGUUGGGUGGCUCACAAACAAAGAUUAAAAAAAGAAUCCUACAUUUCCCAUAAUGCAACUCAAAAGUGUGUUUGAUAAACCUUUCUCUGCCUAGUAAAUGCACAGGCAGGGAAAGUCUAGCACUCAUAAGAAAAAGGGUACUUGAAUAUACUUAAUUACUACUUAAAGAGUACUCCACUGAUGCCUACAUUACCCACAAUGCAACUUGACCGCCAACAGCUUGGUCAUGGGUUUGGGUGUGUUAUGCAAGUAGUGGCUAAUAUUGCCUCGAGCUGCACGCCUCAAGCAGAGAUGAGGAGCAGGUGACGGAGGUCUGGUAACCUCACUUCUCUCUGGCUCCACACCCCCAGAUUUUUUUCAUUUUUGAACUUGUAGUCUUCAGACCCAGCUGCUGUUGCCUCAAGUCAUGUCACUUGAGGCAUUUUACCACUUUUUUUCACAGUGCCCCCAAGAUGUUUUAACACCUCUCCUUUAAUCAUGUCUCAAAAAAGCAUUGUCAAGUGCACCAUAGUACAGUCAAGUAAAUGUUAAGUUUUACUAAUUAUAAAUACAGUAAAUUAAGUUAGUCGCCUGUGAAAAGUAGUACGUAAAUCAUAAGUGCGUAUACUUUUUGUAUUUUGUUUAUAUCAGGAGCCACUGUAGCGUCCUUGUCAAGACUGUUGGGAGUUCACAGUUUAGCCAGCAGAGGGCAGCAGGUCUGCAUGAGUUAUCAUUUGGCCUGUGGAUCCACUGAGUUGUUCAACAGCCAACUUGUGUGAGAAAUGUAAUAACCAAAACCCCUGUGUAAUGUGUAAGCUCUGGGAGAGAAAAUGUGGGGGGAAAUAAUAAGAAGAAAAGAAUUCAGCUAUUUUUAUUCAAUGCAUAUCAACAUGAUGACAUUAAAU